CAAUUCUCUCUCAAAGAGAGCGUGCGACAGCAUAGCGACCACAAGAUCGCUCAAUAUGGCCACUUUCAGCCGCAAUUUUGACUUUAGAAUCGGCUCCAGGCCGCUUCCACCGCUGCUCUUACCCGACAAGCCGCUAACGGGCGGACAGCGAGACGACAGCUCGCCCAGACGUGGCACCUCCAUUUUUACUCGAAAGCGCGAGGCCCCUGACCCUACCGACACUCAUGUCGGGCUCCUGUCGGCACUCGUGCCCCUAACUAAACUCAUUGCUGACUCCAAGACCUCGACGUCUCCGGUUACUACAGACUCGGCACCGAAGACUUUAAAUCCUGAAACAGCGAAGCCAAAGCGCAAGAAACGCAUCCGACUCAAGACCGAACGCCGGAGAGAGCAGUGCAGGAAUAAUCAAGCACGCUAUCGCGACAGACAGCGAGGAUUUGUUCGCGAAUUGGAGGAAAAUGUGAUCAAACUGCAGGAGGAGAUUCAGCAGCUGACACGAGAGCGACACACUUUGUGCUAUGGUAUCCAGACCAAGAACAACGUCUGGAACGUUGUAAUCGAGUACUUUCGUCUGCUCCGCUACGGCUUUCUGAUGCCUAGAUGCACGGCAGAGUCUAAUGAGGCGUCUCCAACAAGUGAUCUCCAUGAUCAGGAGUAUUUUCUAAGGGCGGUCAUGGCCCCGGACGUUGCGUUUGGUGAACUAUGUGGGGUUGACGCUCUCAUUGACCAGUGGCAGCGCUACUCGUUGUUCUUUGGAAGCCUCUACUUUAAGCUCAAUCGGAUGGAAGAGCAGCCUUUUGGCGCACUGGAAACGUCGGCUACUUUGAGUCUAACCAUUACAGAGGUGACGCUGCGAUACGUUUUCCCACAUUUACUCGAGCAAAGGAUUGAGGAGACUUGUAGUGAUGGCGAGGCGAGUGGUAGUGCUACUAUCGUGUCACCACUGGGCACUCGCCUUCUAGGACAGCGACUUGACUGUCGAUGUACUGUACGCUUCUGCUGGGAUGACUCGAUUGGGCGCGUAACAAGACUAUUUGCCACGAUGGAUUUACUUACACCGCUACUACGGGUGCUGGGUAAUAUUGAGGAAGUUAGCUACGUGAUUGAUCAGGCUCUCAUCACACCAGAGUAUUUAAUCGAUGAAGUAGUGACGAGGACCUCAAGCUGAUAACAAAUCAUGUGACUCAGGGAAAAAAGCUAGCACCGUAUUGCAUCUGACGAUAAUACAGUUGUUAUUCUUUUUGACGAACGAG